UCCUCCUGUGUGUGUGUGUGUGUGGGUGUGAUCUAACGGAGAAGGAGGGCUGUGUGUUUUUCUGCCGCUGUCAUUGUUCAGCUCCUCUGCUCUUCUGCGGGUAAUCUCUCCAUCAAGACCGUGAGAGGAUCUCAAGACAUUAACUCCAAUUAAUCAGGAUGUCUCGGGAGCAGCAGGCGGUGGCUCGUGCCAGGAAAGCCUUUGAAACAGGCAGGUCCAAGUCUUUGGAUCACCGGAUCCGCCAGCUGAAGAACCUGCAGAGGUUAUUCAUUGAGAAACAGAGCGUGAUUUCAGAUGCCGUCAAGAAAGACCUCAAUAAGAGCGAAGUGGGCACACAGCUGUAUGAGACUCUGGGUCUGGAGGGGGAGAUCAGCCUGGCCAUCAAGAAGCUGAAGGAGUGGGCGGCACCUCGGUCCGUGGAGAAGAACCUGCUGACCAUCAUGGACACCGUCUACAUCAAGCCGGAGCCGCUGGGAGUGGUGCUCAUCAUCGGGGCCUGGAACUACCCCUGGGCUGUCACCAUCCAGCCGCUCAUAGGAGCCAUCGCUGCUGGUAAUGCAGCUGUGGUCAAACCCUCCGAGGUCUGUGUUCACACUGCAAAGGUCAUGGAGGAACUGCUGCCGAUUUACAUCGACAAAGAGCUUUACCCCGUAGUAACCGGAGGAGUGCCAGAGACCCAGGAGCUGCUGCGUCAGAGGUUCGAUCACAUCUUCUAUACCGGCAACAGCAUGGUGGGCAAACUGAUCAUGGAGGCUGCUGCCAAACACCUGACGCCUGUCACCCUGGAGCUGGGCGGCAAGAGCCCCUGCUACAUCGACAAGAACUGUGACAUAAGCAUAGCCUGCAGACGUGUUGCCUGGGGAAAGUACACUAACUGUGGUCAGACCUGCAUCGCCCCAGACUACAUCCUGUGUGAGCCCAGCAUCCAGGACCGGGUCAUCGAAGAGGUCAAGAAGUCCAUAAAGGAGUUCUACACAGACAACCCAAAGGCCUGUCCUGACUACGGACGCAUCAUCAACCAGCGCCACUUCAAGAGAAUAAUGAAACUGUUGGAAGACAGCACCAUCGCUGCAGGAGGAGACAACGACGAGUCAGACUGCUACAUAGCCCCCACAGUUCUGCGGGACGUGCAACCAGAAGCGAAGGUGAUGCAGGAGGAGAUAUUUGGACCUCUGCUUCCCAUCUUGUCGGUCAGCGGCCUGGACGAAGCAAUCAAGUUUAUCAAUAAAAGAGAGAAACCUCUGGCCCUUUACGUCUUCUCAAGCGAUAAAAAGGUGAUAAACAGAAUGACAGACGAGACCUCCAGUGGGGGACUGCUGGCCAACGACUGUCUCGUACACUAUUCUGUCAGCUCUCUGCCUUUCGGGGGAGUGGGAAACAGUGGGAUGGGCUGCUACCACGGCAAGUAUAGCUUUGACCAGCUGAGCCACCUGCGUAGUUGUCUCAUCAAGAAGCUGAAUAAUGAGGGUGUGAACAGCAUGCGGUACCCGCCUCACACACCCAAGAAACUGGGCUGGGCGCGCUUCUUCAUCCUGCAGAACGUAGACCUGGGCUGGAUUGGGCGGAUGGCGCUCUUAGCCGUCCUGGCUGUGGUGGCUGCUGUCGUGGCGCAGAAUUAUCUCCUUUGAAGACAUCCCGCUGCUUCCCAGACAACAAGUGUCUUGUUUGAAGAAAAGAGCAACAUGAAUGUCAUACCAUUUCAUCAACGAGUUUCUCUAUAAAUCAGAUCAGCAGGUCCGCUGUUAUAUAGGGAAUGUUUAGGAUGUUGCAUUAAUCCAUUUUACAUUUCAAUAAUCAGAAGUACACGUAUUACACGGAGCUCUCUGUAGCAAGCAUCUUAUUUGCAUGAAGGUAAUUAUUUAUGUAUGGCUCUCACAUUAGUGUUCAGCUUUACUAUGCUCCAUUUUAACCUGUUAUAUGAGGUUUACAUAGUUAAAAAAAACAUUUUAAACACACUUUAAAUUAUAGAAUAUAACACAGUGAUUCUGCUAUGAAUGAUUUUAAAUGAAGUAACAAAAUGUUUAACACUACUGUAAGACUGAUAUGAACAACACCUGCAGCAUUUGCUAACUAACAGUUAAUGUUCACUGAAGGGCCGAACAAAAUUAAGUUAGUUUUGCAUUUUCUGCAUAAUGUAAUUGUUUUUAUUGUGUAGGAGUUACCUACAGUCCACUUUGUGUCCAUUCCAUUUCAAUGAUGGAUCAGCCAUUAACUUAACAUUCACCCUGAAGGUACUUGAUGAUUUCUGUCCGUUGUAGGUUUGUUAUUUUCGUCAGUGUGACAACAGAGAUGAAGACGAAAUGUCCAGUCUGUCUCUGAGACUUCAAGUGUUCAAUCAGGGACUUUUCAGUCCUCCUUUAGUUGACUACAGCCUGUUAGAAUCAAACAGGAUCAUGUGAAGGAUUUUUAUUUUCAUUUCAUUUUCCUAAAAACACCAAAUGCCUGUAACUAAUUUAAGCACCGUUGUAACUUGUUUGGUAAUCUUUAAAGAACAGUAGUUGUUUUUUGUUGUUUGUUUUUUUAAAUAGAAAUUUAAACCGUUACAAUUUUAAGGGAUUUUUAAUUAACAGUUGAAUAAAUAUACACAUUUAUUUCUAUAUUGGAUUAAUAUUCAAAUAAAUAUAUUUCUACAUG